UAUAUAUAUAUAUAUAUAAUUGUUAUUGAUAUGAAACAUCAAUGAGACAAUAGACUUGUCUAUAUCGAAUAAUCAUUUAUAAUAAUAUCUCUUCUUAUCAUGUUUUUUAUGCAUGAUAUUCGAAUAAGUAACAUUUGUAUCAACAAUUUAUUAAUAUUUUAUACAAUUAUUUAAUUAUAAUUAUGAUGAUAAAUUUAUUUAUUUUUAUAAUAAUUAUCGUAAAAGUUAGACUCAUUAUAAUUUCUGGAGUUAUAACUCCACAAAUCAUAGGCACAAACAAAUAUAGUACUCACCAUGACUGGCACUGAAGUAAGGUUGAGUUUGACAACAUAGUAAUCAGCAAAAACAAAGAAUUGAACCAUCGGUGUCUGGUAUUGUCUUCAUGCAUGCAAGCUUCCUUGGCAGCACCAAACAAGAGAAACAAAGAUGGCUACAAACUGAGAAGAAGUAAAUGUCAUUGCGUCCUUCGUUCCGAAGGUCACUCUACACAUGGAACUUGAUGAUUCGAGACUCCACCAUUAAUGGGUUCUUUACACAAACUUUAAACAUAUACUCUUCCAUGGCACACUCUGGUGUCCAUGGCAACAACCUCACCUACCCUUUGCUCCUCAAGGCCUGUGCUAACCUCCCUUCCAUUCAACAUGGGACAAUGCUUCAUGGGCAUGUCCUCAAACUUGGGUUCCAAGCAGACACCUUUGUUCAAACUGCCCUGGUUGACAUGUACUCAAAAUGCUCCCAUGUCGCAUCUGCACGCCAGGUGUUCGAUGAAAUGCCGCAGAGAAGUGUUGUCUCAUGGAACGCCAUGGUUUCAGCUUACUCUCGCAGAUCUUCGAUGGACCAGGCAUUGAGCCUUUUGAAAGAAAUGUGGGUUCUUGGUUUUGAGCCAACUGCUUCCACAUUUGUUUCGAUUUUGUCUGGUUAUUCCAACUUGGAUUCUUUUGAGUUUCAUUUGUUGGGGAAGUCAAUACACUGCUGCUUGAUCAAACUUGGGAUUGUGUAUUUGGAGGUCUCCCUGGCCAACUCACUAAUGGGUAUGUAUGUCCAGUUUUGCCUGAUGGAUGAAGCAAGGAAAGUUUUUGACUUGAUGGAUGAGAAGUCGAUUAUUUCUUGGACAACUAUGAUAGGGGGUUAUGUGAAAAUUGGGCAUGCUGUGGAAGCAUAUGGUUUAUUUUAUCAAAUGCAACAUCAAAGUGUUGGCAUAGACUUUGUUGUGUUUCUAAAUCUUAUUUCUGGUUGCAUACAAGUAAGAGAUCUUUUGUUAGCUUCAUCUGUUCACUCUCUUGUACUUAAAUGCGGGUGUAAUGAAAAGGAUCCCGUUGAAAAUUUGCUAAUUACAAUGUAUGCAAAAUGUGGAAACCUUACAUCUGCUAGAAGGAUAUUUGAUCUGAUCAUUGAAAAGAGCAUGUUAUCAUGGACAUCAAUGAUUGCAGGAUACGUCCAUUUAGGUCAUCCAGGGGAAGCACUGGAUCUGUUUAGAAGGAUGAUUAGGACUGAUAUUAGACCAAAUGGAGCAACGCUUGCAACUGUUGUGUCAGCUUGUGCGGAUUUGGGAUCACUCAGCAUUGGGCAAGAGAUUGAAGAGUACAUUUUUCUAAACGGGUUGGAAUCAGACCAACAAGUCCAAACGUCUCUCAUACACAUGUACUCCAAAUGUGGGAGCAUCGUGAAAGCCAGAGAAGUAUUUGAAAGGGUAACAGAUAAAGAUUUAACUGUUUGGACUUCUAUGAUAAAUAGUUAUGCAAUCCAUGGGAUGGGGAAUGAGGCUAUCAGCCUCUUUCACAAAAUGACAACUGCAGAAGGGAUAAUGCCAGAUGCCAUUGUUUACACUAGUGUUUUCCUGGCCUGUAGCCAUUCCGGAUUGGUAGAAGAGGGACUGAAGUACUUCAAAAGUAUGCAAAAGGAUUUUGGAAUAACUCCUACAGUAGAACACUGUACCUGUUUGAUCGAUCUUCUUGGUCGAGUCGGCCAGCUUGACUUGGCUUUAAAUGCAAUUCAGGGAAUGCCACCAGAUGUCCAAGCUCAAGUUUGGGGUCCAUUGCUAAGUGCUUGUAGGAUUCAUGGCAAUGUUGAGCUUGGGGAGCUUGCGACUGUUAGGUUAUUAGACAGUAGUCCUGGAAGCUCCGGAAGUUAUGUAUUAAUGGCUAACUUGUAUACCUCUUUGGGCAAGUGGAAGGAGGCGCAUAUGAUGAGAAAUUCGAUGGAUGGUAAAGGAUUGGUCAAAGAAAGUGGCUGGAGCCAAGUUGAGGUCACUGAUACCUAUCAUACAUUUGCUGUGGGAAAUCAGUCACAGGUUGCUUAGUCAUUUAUCUACAAGAGCAAGACACUAGAAUAUCUAAUUUUUAUUCUUCAAGAAGGUAGAGAUACAGCAGGAACAAUAUCAAUGAAUGAUUAACUGUAAAAUUAACAGACUAGCGAACCCUGAAAACCUAAGGUUAUCCAUAGAAUUGUUGCAGCUGGUUGUGUCAAUAGUACUUCCAGUAUACUAUAAGAACAUGCCAUGUAGUUCAAGUCCAUGACUAAUGAAAUGGCCAGGAUUUUACCAUGCAAGAUCAGUAUGCAGUUGCAUUUUGAAUUCGGUUCUUGUCAAACUAAGGGCUUCAGGUGAAAAUUGUGAUUUCCUUCUGUUUCACCUUUUUCUGACCUGGUUUUGCUCAUAAAUUUGAUACAUGUAAAUCAUCCUCUUUCCUUACUAUAGAAGAAGUAAAUUGAAAACAUCAGGUAUUUAUUGUCCUUUCUGUCA